GCCCCCGGGACACACGGACAGUGACGCUGUGUGGUGGCGGUCGGCCCGGGGUGCGGGAGUGUUGAGACCGGGUCAGACGCAGGGAGCCCGCGGAAACGCUGUAACGGCACCUGUGCGCGACCAUCAGCUACAUAGGUGAAUUAGCCAGGUCUCUUGGAGCUUCACACUGAGCUGCCUUUGAGGUCCAGUCGCGCCUCCAGCACCGCUGCCAUCAUGGGCACGCUGAUGGGCCACGUCGUCCCGGGCUCCAUCUUCCUCAUCGGCGGGCUCUGGUGGACGUUCAACAUCUGGAGCCGCUACUUCGCGGCGCUGAAGAGCCGCGGACGCUUCCACUCCACCAUGUCCUUCCCACUGAGGCGCGGCUCGAGGGUCCCCUGGGAGAGCAUCGUCGUCAUCAUGUGCGCCAUCGCCGCCAUCGCAGGCGAGAUCGUGACGGGCUGGCGCGGGGACCGUCUGGUGGAGAUGGGUAACGGCCAGCACGCCGUCAUGUACUUCAUGUUCGCCAUCAGCAGCGCCGCAGAGGCAGCGCGCGUCACCGGCUACGAGCUGCUCCCCGGCCUGGAGUACGUCCUGGCGGUGAUGGCACUGGCCGCCGAGGCGCUGCUCUUCGCGUUCCACGGACACGGCUCCUCCGAGCUGGAGAUGCUGGUCCACCAUCUAAUGCUGUACGUCGUCCUGGCCACGGCGCUGGCAGCUGCGGCGGAGGGGAUCUGGAGGCACCGCGUGCUGCCCGCCUUGGGCAGGUGCUUCUUUUUCCUGCUGCAGGGAACCUGGUUCCUGCAGGUUGGCGUCAUGUUGUACCCGCCCAGUGGCUGGCCGGGACAUUACUACGACCCCAACAGCUACAGACAGCGGAAACUGGCGACGGUGGUGUUCGUGCUGCACUGGGUCGGAGUGCUGACGACUAUCGCCGCCAUCGGCGUGUUCCUGCGCUGGAAACACGGCCUCGGCCUGCGCUCGCGAACUCCACGACCGAAGCACGGCGAGCGGCCCCGGAACGGCGCCGAUACCACCCAGCUGCUGCACUCUUCGGAUGACGAGCUAUGAACGCCGUCGGGUCCGGAGCGGCGGUAGCAAGGACAUACUCUCAAAAAAGUUCACUUAUUUCCAAACACUCAUCGGAGGCUAUGUGUUACUGAGCAAUUUUCAUCCAACCUUCCCCACUAGCAAGCUUUUUUUCUGUGCGAUAAGAAAUGCGAUUUUUUCUCAAAUAUCGGACGGUAUAGGAAGGAUGUCACAAAUGUCCCUUUGAAUUCACCAGUGCCUGUGAAAGAGCUUUUUGCUGAGCUUCGAUGGUUUUCGACCAUGCCACUGGUGGAAACUCUUCUCCGUGGUCUGUGUUACUUAAUGUGCCUUGAAGGUGUUUUAUUGUGGACUGUAGACGGUGAUGAGAGAGGGAGAGAGAGAGAGAGACAGAGAGAGAGAGAGAGAGAGAGAGAGAGAGAGAGAGAGAGAGAGGGGGGGGGGAGUGCAUCGUACUCACCUGUAUUGUUCGAUGUUAAUGCACUUGCACGUUGACCAUAGGCAAGAGAGCAAUUGCAGGUACAGUACUUCACUCAUAUCUAUCGGUUGUGGGUCAUUGGAUAAUAGCAAUGAUUAUCGGUGUAUCAUCCGGAAAGCACUUGAUACGUGUGCACUUAGUUAGAAGUGCAUGUUAACAAUAUGUAUGAACUUCACGUCGUUUCUUUCCGAGACUCGCUGCAGCAAACCAGCAUGGUCGGAGUCUUGUUAACGAGCAUUCAUGUGUAAUUCUGUUGUAGGACAGAGUUCGUUGAAAAAGUUACGAUGAAUGUUAGUGCAGCUAGUUACUGUGCACAAAUAAUGAACUCGACACUCGUGAGCUCUGCUAAAUGACGCACAUCUAGUGCGCUACGACGCUGUUUACCUACCUAAUUAUUGUAUGUACGUAUGUACAAUGCACAUUAUCCGUCAUAUGAGAUCUCACGUGAUCAUCCCUUGUGCGUUUAACUACUUCGCUUUUUAUGCAUAACCGAAGGCGAUUUAGUUAGGAUUUUCGAUUCGAACAAUAACGAGCAAAAAUCGACAUUUUCAGUUUUGAUUUUCAACUUGUUCAAGGCGACAAUUCACGAGCAUUUCAAUACACAGCUUAUCAGGGAGUCAAAGAAUAUAAUCACUAAAAAUGCUGGAAAGAUUGAGCACAUAAAAAGCGUGGACAUAGCUAAAUUGCAGCACCUAGACCUAGCACUCACGUGAUUCUAAGAGACAUCCCUGUUGGCUGUUGCCUCAGGAAAGAUCAUGCAACUCUAAACGCGAAUCCAAGCCAAGAAUGAAUCGAGCUUAUUCAUGCUAAUCUAUGCGCCGCCUAUCACAUAGCGGCAGGUUUCAAUAGUGUUAUUCUUCUUGUUAUUUGUACAUACCCAGUACCCACCAUGCGUGACUGACUUUGUAAUUGUAUACUUUGCUUUGUAAUAUAUGUUCUGCUGCCACUA